AUGCCGCCCAGGAAAAAAGCUGCCGCCGCGGGUGGGUCGAGUGCUACCGUCACAACGACCCCGGCUAGCACAUCCACGCGGUCGUCGCGACGACUAGCAGGAUCAUCCACGGUGCCUUCCAAAGGCAACGGAUGGACAGCGGAACACACCUACGACUCAUACGGCCAACCCAAGGAGGUUAUUGUUAUCCAAGACAGCACCAGCCCCAUUCCUAAAAAGCGUAACACGCGAGCUGCGGCGGCUGCGGCCGCUGCUGCGUCCGAAAAGUGGGCCGCAGCCAAUGGGGCCGCCAACGGGACGGCCGCAAAGAAGCGCAAGGCCGAAGAGGACGAGGCGGCCGCGGCCGCUCAGAAGAAGGCUCGUGCAAAGCCCGCUGCACGUCAACCGGCAAAACAAAGCAAACCAGAGCAAGUCGCUGCACCCGCCCAGCAGCAUGCCGCUGCGACUUCAACCGCCUCUGGCACAGCAGCGCACCCUCCAUGGGACGACCCCGAAGGUCACUACAUUGUCAAGCCUGAUGAUGUGAUUGGCGGACGAUACAAAAUCGUUCGUCUCUUGGGCCAAGGCACAUUUGGCAAGGUCGUCGAGGCGCGUCACAUCGAGUCGCGAAAGAAGGUCGCAAUCAAGGUCAUUCGCGCGGUGCAAAAGUACCGCGACGCCAGCAAGAUUGAGAUCCGCGUCCUUGAAACGCUCAAGAAGAAUGACCCGACCAACGCAUACAAGUGCAUCCAUCUUACAGAGUACUUUGACUUCCGCAACCAUCCAUGUCUGGUAUCUGAGCUGUACGGCAUGAGCGUGUUCGACUUUUUGAAGAUCAACGGCUUCCAGCCCUUCCCAGAAAAACACAUUCAGGAUUUUGCGAGGAGCCUGCUACAGAGCGUUCAGUUCUUGCACAAAUUGAAACUAGUGCACACCGAUCUGAAGCCAGAAAAUAUUCUUUUGGUCAGCAACGAAUCGAGGUUGUCCGGGCCAAGGCGUGCAAACGCCCGGUCAAAGUCAGUUCUGCGAAACACCGAGAUCCGUCUUAUCGACUUUGGCAGCGCGACGUUUGAGAAUGAGUACCACUCAUCGGUCGUCAGCACACGCCAUUACCGUGCGCCAGAAAUCAUUCUGGGCUUGUCAUGGUCGUACCCGUGCGACAUGUUCUCAAUAGGGUGCAUCCUCGUCGAGUUCUUCACGGGCGACGCGCUCUUCCAGACGCACGACAACCUGGAGCACCUGGCAAUGAUGGAGGUGGUGAUGGGGAAGAUGCCGCAGCGCAUGAUCGACCGUGGGCGGACAAAGAAGCCCGAGUUCUUCAAGGGCAACCGGAUCGACUUCCCAAACCCCACGGUGCCCAAAUCGAGCCGCAAGUUUGUCAAGGGCCUCAAGCAUCUACGCGACAUCAUCCCGCCUACGAGCCCGGGUAAUGCCUUGUUCUUGGACCUGAUCAUCCGCCUUCUCGACUUUGAUCCCGAGAACCGCAUCGACGUCAACGAGGCGCUCAAGCACGCCUACCUCCGGCAUCCGAUGCCGGACCCCCCACCUUAG